AUGUUAUUUUUGGCGUUUGCCAUUCAUCACUCAUUUCUUUCUUUCUUUCUUUCUUUCUUUUGCAUUUUUUUUCCUUUUUCUUAUCUUUUUCCUUUUUCUUGUCUUUUUGACACUAUCUGCCUCUCUCUCUCUCUCUCUCUCUCUCUCUCUCUCUCUCUCUCUCUCUCUCUCUCUCACGAACACACACAAACACAAUCUCCUUUCCCAAAGUCAAUUCACAUUUCUAUCUCUCGCUUUCUCAAUAAAUGGAUAUCUAUCUAUCUAUCUAUCUAUCUAUCUAUCUAUCUAUCUAUAUCUCACUCUAUAUAUAUAUAUCUAUCUAUCUAUCUCAGCCUGUACAUCUCAUUCAUCUAUCAUCUAUCUAUCUAUCUAUCUAUCUAUCUAUCUAUCUAUCUAUCUAUCCUCAGUCUGUUCAUAUCCAUUCAUCUAUCUAUCUAUCUAUAUCUAUCUAUCUAUCUAUCUCACCUCUGUUCAUAUAUAUAUAUAUAUAUAUAUCUCAGCCUGUACAUUAUCUAUCUAUCUCAUCCAUCUAUCCAUCUAUCAUUCAUUCAUCUAUCUAUCUAUCUCACUCUGUUCAUCUAUGUAUCUAUCCAUCCAUCUAUCUCACUCUGUUCAUAUCUAUCUAUCUAUCUAUCUAUCUAUCUAUCUAUCUCACUCUUGUUAACCUGUAUUAAAAUUAAUUGUCAUCUAUCUAUCUAUCUAUCUAUCUAUCUAUCUAUCUAUCUAGUUAGUUGA